AUGUCUCUUCCGGUGUCCUAUGUAGCAGACUCGGACUUCAAGACUCAGGAGAAGUCCGCACUUGAACCAGAAGCAUCCAGUGGUAUAGAAAUCGGUGAUGCAGAAGCUCUGAUGGGUACCGGGUCGCAGAAUCUGCACCGGAAGCUGAGGGGGAAGGAGGUACAGUUAUUUGCAAUUGGAGGUGCAAUUGGAACAUCUUUGUUCAUGCAAAUGGCCUAUUCCCUUCCCAACGGAGGGCCCGCAGGCCUCUUCCUCGGAUUCGCGGUAUAUGGAACUGUCAUGGUUGCUGUCAAUGAAUGCUUUGCGGAGAUGGUAUGCUACAUGCCAAUCGCGUCCCCAUUCAUUCGGCUUGGUGGCUUCUGGGUCGACGACGCUCUCAGCUUUGCAAUGGGCUGGAACUUCUUCCUUAAUAUGGCUCUCCUUGUGCCAUUCGAGAUUGUGGCUUUUAAUAUUCUUCUCACUUACUGGACCGACAAAGUUCCAGUCGAGGCUAUUGUUUCUAUACUCAUUGUCCUUUAUGCGUAA